AAAAUAUUGAGCUACUGACUGUCAUCGCUGACAGUACAAAAAAAUGCCAAUGUUCAUAGAAAAUAAGGUUAUGUCGUUGAAGAAAAGUGAUAAAAACAACCGAGAGCUCAACAAGAAAGAGGAAAUAAAAAUGGAAUCACAAUCAAUAACAAAUCCAAAGGGGAGACUAGGAAAAUGUGAAGUUUGUAAUUCAAAUCCAGCCAAAUAUACAUGUCCAAAAUGUGAGGUCAAAACGUGCCAAAUCGAGUGUUUACGUAUACACAAAAAAGAACUCGAUUGUGAUGGGAUUCGUGAUAAAACUAAAUACAUACCUUUGAAACAACUCACCGAGGCUGAUUUAAUGAAUGACUAUGUGUUCUUGGAAUCCUGUAGUAAUUAUACUUCGGCUCGACGGACUGACAGAAUCAAGCGAUACACGGCCAGUGAUCGCUCGCUUCCCGUACCUCUGAUGAAACUGAAAAAGGCUGCUGUUGAACGACAAAUCAAACUAGAAUUUCUGCUUCCAAAUUUCGAUAAGCAUAAAUCAAAUAAAACUUACUACGAUUGGGCAUCAAAGGUUAUCUAUUGGUGUAUUGAAUGGCGCUUUAUCAAUGCCCACAAUAAAAUUAUCAUUGACGAGCGUUGCUGUGAGUCAAAAUUGAUGACCGAAUUGAUUGGAAAGUAUUUUGAUAAUAGUGACUCAAUUAGCUCACUUGGAUGCUAUCGAUCAAAAGGUUUAGAUCAAGUUAUACUACUGCUAAAGGCAGAAGGAACACGGAAGAGUAAGAAAAGAUUCUUCACAAUGGAUGCAUCAAAAACACUCCAAGAGAAUUUAAAAGGCAAAAAUAUUGUAGAGUAUCCCGUUUUUUACGUAGUUUUUGCCUCAGAUGUCCACACGUAUGAUAUCAUAAACAGCGAGGAUGUGAUGGAAGAGACUAGGAAACACAAAGAACAUUAUUUCACGACGAUAACAAAAACACAAAUGAAACAGUAUUCAAGAAGUCAAGAAAGUGUAGUAGAUGAAAGCUCACAAACAGCCACCAAUAGCCGGGAACCAGUGAAUUUCCUCUUCUCGAAUGGAACUGAAUUCAAGGAUGAUAAUUAUGAUGAUGAUGAUGAUUAGACAUUGAUAAUGAUGAAUAAAAAAUGAUAAUUAUUAUUAUAAUAUUUUGUCAAACGCAGAAAGACUUUUUGAACUGAAGAUUGCACAAAAAAUCGAUUCAAACUAACUUUUUUUCGAUCUUACAUUGUUUUUUAAUAUUUUUUUUUAUAUAUUUAAAUUUCUAAAUGGAAAAAACAACAAACAAACCCAAAUCUCUCAAAUGGAAAGCAUACUUAAUGCUCUAUGUAUUGAAAACAAGAACUGAGAUUGUAAAAAUUACUCCAAACAGAAAACUUAAACUAUCAAUCAAUUGAUCCAAAACCAUCAA